CUCCGGUUCCCUUUCAAACGCCAUGCAGAAUAAUAAAGGCAGGCCUCUCUCCCCCUUUUUCUCAAAGGCUGAGACAGCCUAUCCCCCUCAACGGCGUCCUCUCUCUUCUCUUUAUUUCUUCUUCUGUCUCAUUCUUUCUUCUCCUCCUACCGUUGAAUGGCAGGUCAUAUUGUGGUGGCACGUGUUACACAUUUACGCGCAUCCGAGUUAUUUUUUUGGUCUUUCUUUUUUGUGGUAACUGUGCAUUGUUUCCAAUGCACACCUAUAUGCGGGAUUGUCAUUAACAAAGGCGGUAAGAGGGCAGCAAUUCAUAGAUCGCUCAUGCAAAUCAUCAAAAGCAUGAAUGACCCGAUGCAGAUGCGUAAAACACCACACAUCUCUGCAGCAGGGACAUUAAAAAGAUGUGAACUAGAGGUGGGAAGAUAGAAAGACUGGUCGUGAUGUAAAUAUACAACGAAAAAAAAAG